AUGGACCCAAACGAGGGCUCAUCCGGUGACAUUGAAUAUAUCGAGUAUGAGAUCAUUUCCACCAGUGACACCUCGGGAAAAGAGUUUGCGCGGAGCGAGAGUGGCGGCACCCGUUCGUGUUCUCUCCUCUCCUUAUCGCCAUCGAGUUCCCCAUCAGCUCCACUAUGUCGAAUUUGUCAUUGUGCCUAUCCGAUCGACCCGUUGGAUCCAUUGAUCUCUCCAUGCAGAUGUUCCGGCAGUUUGCAGCACGUUCAUGUCAGUUGCCUGAUGCAUUGGUUGGAUAUUUCCUCUCGGAAGCUUCAUCGACCGGCGAUUUGCGAGCUUUGUUUGUACAAAUAUCGACGAAGAAGAGUGCUCAAGUACCGUGAGCUCCAAUUGCCCGAAUGUGCUCGUGGUGAUCUCCGCUAUUAUUUCCUCUUGAUGAUUGCUCUCAUUCUCAUGCUCACUUCUGCUGCGGUCACCAUUUUUUGCUUUCAAAUGGAGAAGAAAUAUGUGCUUACGCCGCUUAUCCAAGAAAAAUUGAUGAUUGCAGUUGCCUCUCCAGCUGUCGCACACACGCCAGGCGGUAGUCCAAGUGUUGAACAGUUGCCCACGGGUGCAAGUUCUCAAAUCAAUGACGUUGAGAAUCUCUUAUCAACGAUCACUCUCGUCUCGGCGAUACUCUUCUUUUUCUCGUUUUUCCUUGCCAUGUACGCUCAUAUCAAGUCGGGUCAAUCAAUUUGUGGCUACAUUCGCGGGUGUUGGUCAUCGAAUCUUGAAUGGUCGAUUGAAGAGUACCGGAUGAGUCGAGACACACAAUAUCUCGCGAAACUCGAGGAACUCCGCAGAAAGCUCAAUGAAAAGCAAACGAAAAAGUGCUCAGCCGAGGAGGUGGAACCGUUGCGGAGUGCUGUGAUCGCUAUUGAA